AUGGCGGACGCCGCGCCGCCCUCGUCUCCUCCUGCGCCGUCCUCGCCUCUGCCUCCGCCACCAUCGCACUCUGCUGCGUCUCUUGCGUCUUCUGUGCCUAAGAAACCCUCCAAAUCCACUUCGAAAGCUCGUAGAACAGCGCGUACGCCCGCCGCACUCCCUCGACCCACUCCAGACAAGUCUAAGAGCAGCCACAACUCCAGCUUCUCGUCUCCAUUGCCUCCUUGUCCUGAAGACCCGCCAGCUCCGCCCCCUCCGUCCUGUACGCCACCCAAGUACCGACCAUUGGAGGAAAAUGACGACGAUACGCGCAGUGUAGAGAGCGCUGACGAGCCAGCAGAGCCCCAGAGCUUCCCAACGCCUCCACCGCCGCCUUCUCCACCUGUUGCAAGUCCAUUGCGCACGCCGCCCCCACCUCCGCCACCUCCAUUCUCCCCUCCGGGCGCUAAGAUCGCUGUAGACUUGUCUGGGGCCCUUGAAAGUGCUGUGCAAGCCACCGAAGACACUGGGGUGCCUACAUCGCCACCUAAACAGAGAGACGAGAGUGACGGAGAAGAUGGAGACGACGAACGGGACGAGACAGGCAGCACAACAGACCUCACAGCGCUAGCAGACGCCUCGUCGUCAUCGGUCAUUGCGUCUAUGAGAAGUGCCGUGAGAGAACGGGAGAUCAUGCCAACAGAGACAGUGAGGGAAGAGCCGACCAAGAAGCCCAGAUUUUAUAUCGGAGAUAUCGACAACUACAGUAUAAUUGACAAGGUUGGAUCGGGCACAUAUGGUGAGGUGUUCAAGUGUCAGCAUAAAGUGACGAAGGAUAUUGUAGCGCUGAAGAAACUGAGGCCAGAUGUCGAGAAGAACGGAUUCCCGGUGACUUCUAUCCGCGAGAUGAAGAUCCUCAAGUACCUCAAACACCCAAACAUAUUGGAGCUCAAGGAGAUCGUUUCAUCGAGUGCUCCGCCAAAGGAAGGCAAGAGACCGCCAUUGUACUUUGCGUUCGAGUACAUGGAGCACGAUCUCUCAGGGCUAUUGAACCAUCCGCGCGUUAAGUUCACGCGCACACAGAUCCAAUGUUACAUGCGGCAGCUGCUGACGGGAAUCGCGUUCAUGCACCGCAACAAGAUCCUCCAUCGCGAUAUUAAAGCGUCCAACCUGCUGCUGAACAACCAAGGGAUGCUCAAGGUCGGCGAUUUCGGCCUCUCGAGGUUCUGGAACGAGGUGAACGCAAAGGCUGGGAGGUACACGAACAAGGUCGUCACGCUUUGGUACCGACCACCGGAACUGCUCAUGGGUUCAACGUCGUACGAUUGCUCGGUGGAUGUCUGGUCGAUUGGCUGCAUCUUCGGCGAGCUGCUAUUAGGGAAGCCUAUUCUACAAGGCAAGACUGAGAUUGAGCAGCUCCAGCUGAUCUUUGGGCUGCGUGGCAUGCCGACGGAGGAAACGUGGCCUGGAUUCUUUAUGCUACCGGGGGCCGAGAGCUUCCAAAUGGACGACAAGUUCGUCUGCCCACUGCGUGAGCGAUUCAAAAAUUUUCCCCCACACGCAAUCGACUUGCUAGAAAAGUUAUUGCAGCUUGACCCUGCCAAGCGCAUCACAGCCGCUGAAGCCAUGGACCACGACUACUUUUGGCGCGUACAAACGUGCAAACCGCGCGAUCUGCCGAAGUUCAGCGUGUCGUCUACGCAUGAGUAUCAAUCCAAGAAGCGUCACCACGAAGAGAUGGCAGCAGCAGCAGCAGCAAACGGAAGCAACACGAAGAAUGGCGACCGCUAUCUGCGACAACGAGGCGAGCGCAGCGGAUAUCGCGACAGGAGCGACCACUAUCGCAGCGGAGGCCACCACCACCACAGCCGCUCGGAUCGCAGUCGACCCUACCGCCCACACCGCCCCAACAGCGACUACUACGACAGAGAUCGCGACCGCGAUCGUAGUCGGAGUCGCAGUCGAGAACGCCAGCGCGAGCGCUAA